AUGAGCUUUGCCGCCGAUUUCACUAUACCUGAGGAGCUCAUUGCGUUGCGUCACGCGCUCUACGAGAAGUGGGGAGGAUUCGACACUCUGAUCGUCUGCGCGGGAGUGUCCGCCACUCGCGCGCUACUUGACAUUGCUGGCGAUGUGGAUGAAGCGGAAGGACCGGGCGUUGAGGGUGUGAAGAGGUGUGCCCGAGCGGCGACAAAUGCCAUGAGCGGCAACUAUCUGGGGCCUCUCAACACGGCCGUGACGAUGAUACCCCUCAUGGAGAAGACGAGUGAUGCACCCGCAAUCCUGCUGAUCUCAUCGUUGGGCGCGGCGGUUCCCGCACCUACCCGCUCUAUCUAUGGUUCCACGAAAGCUGGCGCGCUUGCCUUGUACCAAGCUCUGGCUAUUGAGCAUCCCAAGAUCGCCUUCUCAUACAUUCUGCCUUCGACUGUACAGGGCCUAUUCCGCGCUUCUGCUGUUGAUGCCGACCCUCUAGCCGCCGGACAGGAAAGCGCAGCGCCAGAGUACAACACAAUUGGCCUACCGCCAGAUGCGGUGGCGAAACGUUGUAUAGCAGCCAUUGACAAGGGGGAGAAGGUGGUUUUCUUCCCGCCUUUUUAUGCUUAUGCUCAGCUACUGUAUUGGUUAUGGCCUUCUUACAUCGAGAAGAAGGCUGCCAAGAAGUACAGCUUCGAAGUAGAAUCACGGCCGUAA